AUCGAUGCAGGGAAUGGGCAAGUCUUCGGAGUGAAUGAGAACGGAUCGAUUUACAUCAGGCAAAAGGGGGCCUGGGCACAGGUGCCCGGGCACCUGUCACAUGUGACGGUGGGCCCAGCUGGAGUCUGGGGAGUCGAUAGCGCCAAUGUUAUCUACAGAAUGCGGGGAGGAUCCUGGAUUAUCAUGAAUGGCCUGCUCAAACAGAUCGAUGCUGGCGGAAAUGGCUUUUUGGGUGGAGUUAAUCAGAACGAUGAUGUCUUAUGUGUCAAUGAAGAAGAAGCAAGAUCUGCUACCACUCCUUCCAGCCCAGUGUACAACCAUAUUAGCGGCAAACUCACGUACUACUCCUGUGGGCUGUAUGGUUGUUGGGGGGUCAAUGCAAACAAUGAUAUCUAUUUCCGAUCAAAUGUGACCCCGGGUCAAUGUAUUGGAAGCAUUUGGGUGCUUAUACGUGGCAAACUCUCAAUGAUCGAGACUGGCACAGAUGGAAGCGUAUAUGGUGUCAACAGUGACGCCAAGGUCUUCCGCAGAGAUGGGAUCACCUCCAAGCAACCAACUGGGACAAACUGGAGUCACAUCAGCAUUGGGCAGAUAAGAUUCAAGCACGUGACUGCAGAUCUGGGCCAACUGUGGCUGACAACUACCAGCAACAAUAUCAUUCACUGCCAGUAGCUUCAAGAAGCAGCAAGUGUGAUCAACAAUCAAUUGAAAAUCAAUCCGUUCUAUCAAUGAUAAGGGAAUAGGUGUCACUUAUUUUCUUUCUGUCUCUUUUUAAGAUUAUUCUGCUCUUACAUUGCACGAAGGAAUUUCCGCUGGCCGUAAUCCAGACCUGGAAAGGUUUUCAUAGAGGAGGAGAUCAGGCUCAAGUCUCAAGGGGCUUACACCAGAACUGGAGGAGGCCAUUCAGCCCUAAAACCCAAUUGCAGCAGAACAGGAGGAGGCCAUUCAGUCCCUCAAACACAGUUAUGACAGAACAACAGGAGGCCAUUUAGCCCUCAAACCCAGUCAUAUCAGAACAGGAGGAUGUCAAUCAGUCCCUAUGAACCCAACUACACAAGGACAUGAGGAGGCCAUUCAGCUCCAAAAAACUAUUGCAUCUGUUUAUCAGCUUCUGGAGAUGAACGACCUCCUGCUCUUGUUGUGGUGAACAUUGUGGUUUGCAAAAAAAAACCCACAUUUUGUUUUUGUUCACUUUUGUCACGAAUCCAUGAAAUCCAAAGUCACAGCCCUGGGAAAGGAAUUGCUAAUUAGUCUUGCUGGCUGUUAACUAAUUUCUGACGUUGCUAACAAUGAGCUUAUAGCAACAAGAUAAGUCAUGGCGUGAGGGUUUGGUUUACUGUCUGAUCUCCUGGUCAAAAAGCGAGGGGACAGUUGUGUAACAGUUCAGAAAGGCUGCAAAGGGCAGUUUGGGAAACUGCAGGGCAACAGAUCCAUGGAUGAUGUAUCAAUCACCCAAUGUCGCCUUUCUUGUCUGAAAGGAUUGAAAGACCCAAAUCGGGAAAGUGUGAAGUUGCAGCUCCAUGAUAUUGUAUGAGGUGGUACGAACAGCUGAACAGAUUUGUGAGGCCCAUUCCAAGUUUAAAUUCUGUCUUCCACUGAUUAUUGUUUAC